CUUGGAACGGUUGGGGAGUACGAGCCUCCGUCGUGCCGCGCGAGCUUCCCGCCAAACUAGUGGCAACACGGAGCAGCGCAGAGCAGAAGAAACACUUCAACUGACGGCGCAAGGUGUUCGGGUCUUCUCCGUGAAGAUCUUCUUUCUGCUGGCGGCGCCCCCUAGCUCUUGAGGCUGUGGCAUGAGCCUAUGUGGCAGGAAGGCGCUGACGUUGCUGAGCAGCGUGUUCGCUGUUUGUGCUCUGGGCCUGUUGGGGAUCGCCGUGAGCACCGACUACUGGCUGUACCUGGAGGAAGGAGUCAUCCUACCGCUCAACCAGAGCACGGAAAUACGCAUGUCGCUCCACUCUGGACUCUGGAGGGUGUGUUUCAUGGCUGGAGAGGACAAAGAUCGCUGUUUCACCAUUGAGUAUGUGAUGCCCACCAAGGUCCAGAUAACCUCUGAGUCCACCAUCAGUGUCCUGAAGAUGAUCCGCUCAGCGACACCGUUCCCUCUGGUCAGCCUCUUCUUCAUGUUCAUUGGUUUCGUGCUGAGCAACAUUGGUCACAUCCGACCCCAUCACACUAUCCUGGCGUUCAUUUCUGGAAUCUUCUUCAUCCUAUCAGGUUUAUCUCUGGUGGUUGGUUUGGUUCUGUACAUCUCCAACAUAAACGACGAAAUGCUGAAUCGGACCAAGACAAAUGAGGCCUAUUUCAGCUACAAGUACGGCUGGUCGUUUGCCUUCGCCGCCCUCUCCUUCCUGCUCACAGAGACGACCGGAGUCAUGUCCAUCUAUCUGUUCAUGAAGCGUUACACAGCCGAGGAGAUGUAUCGGCCUCACCAGGGCUUUUACCGGCCUCGACACAGCAACUGCUCCGACUACUCGGGUCAGUUCCUGCACCCCGAUGCCUGGGCGGGACGCGGUCGCAGCCCGUCCUCCAUCUCCUCAGAGGCCUCUCUGCAGAUGAACUCCUCCAACUACCCCGCCCUCCUGAAGUGUCCCGAGUACGAGCAGAUGUCUUCCUCUCCUUGUUGAGAGUUCGCAGGGGUCACGGACCUGUACAGUAGUCUGACUUCAUCCCCACUAUGACCCGAGUCUCUGUAAACUUUUGACUGCAGAUAUUGUGAGUCAGAUUUUUUUGAUUUUGUGAGAAGCCAAACAUCAAAAGCAAAUGAGUCCCUUUGGGUUGGAGAGAACCUCACGGAAGGUUUUCUCUAGUUUGAAGCUUGCUGACACGGUUGGCUGGGAGUGUCCCUCAAGAGCACAUGGUCGGCUAAAGCAGAGAUGUACAACGCAGCUUUAAACAACACAAAACAAGGCGUAGCUGAACAAAUAAACAAACUAAACUGGUUGGGAUACUUUAAAAUAGUGGGAUUUAAUAUCAAGUUUCUCUGAAGAGCUUUUGGCAUUUGUGGCUCCAACAAUGUGAAGUGACACUGCCUGACUCCUCCCUACCUCACUGACGUGCUGAAACCUGAGCAGCGCUCCAUUCAUAGACUGCAGAAUUAUUAUCAUCAUUCAUAUUAAACAGAACAAUAGCUUUGAAAAUAUGACUACCUUUUCUGUGAGUCCUCAAUGACUCAAGAGCCAGAAUAAAUGACUCAUACCUGGAACUUGAGUUCCACCUCACUGUUCUCAUGAUCCAUGUCUUAAACAUGAGAGUGAAUUGAAUAGUGUCGCUGUGUUUCAUUCAAAUGGGGCGACAAAUGUAGCGCCAUCCUUCCUCCAAAAACAUUCACAGUUUAAGUUGAUUUAAUAUCAUGUAUGUGCCAAUACAUAAACCUUAACAUGCAAAGGAAAAAUCCAAGUAUUGAGCGUGUGAAGUCAACAUUAGACAUUACUGUUGUGAGUUUACCUUUCCAGAGCCCACCUCCGCAUCUCUUACACAUCCACCUCAGCUACAUCAGCGAAGUCACGUUGAGCACUAGAACACUUUAGGCUUUAACCCACGAGCCCUCCACCCCGACAUUUUCACUUUACUUCAGCCCUUUGCUCCCAAAGAAGUCAAGACUUUAUGAUGAAGUAAAGUGACGGUCCGAAUCUGUAAUUUGGUACACAUGUUAAAGUAGUGAAAUUAUCCAUGUUUUUCCUAUAUUUUGCUCAAGGGUGUAAAUACUUUUGAAGCUGCUAGUUUCUAGUGCAAGGAGUCUGGCACCUGAACGACGGCUGUUUAUCUCGGGAAAGACACGUGAUGUUGAGUGCAGUACUGUGGGACACCUGUGACUGAGGUGUUGGAUGUCAAGAAUGUGAGUGUUGAAUGUAAGAAAACCAGAAGGAAAGUGCUCCAUGAGAUUCUGUGGCAAAAGUGAUGCACGUCUCUCAGAAGAGGCGAAACCAUUUGUUAUUUUUCUAGUUCUCAAUCUGAAUGAUCAAAGACGUCUGUCGUCUGCCUGCCAAGGGAAACGUCCGUGUCAUGCAUCAUCACACGUUUAGUCCUGUGCAGUACUUUUAGUUGAGUGUAUCGGUGGACACGCGUAUUUGCUGUUGCAUGUUGUGGAGUGCUUUACUGGCAUGCAGCAUGUGUAGACUUGAAUAUUCCACCUGUAUGAUAUGUAUCAGUGAGUGCAUCGCCUUCACAAGCUUUCCUUUCAUUUCUGUACACACUGUGAAACCAUUUGUGUGAAGCGAGUUCUGUGGUUUUUUUUGAUGUUGGUGGUUCAUGCAUCUAAAGUGUAUCUUUGCCUCUUGAUCACAUUAAGAAUGUGAGCUUUUCCAUGUGUGUAUAUUUUUAUUACUCUUGAUGGUAAAUGUGCAGUGAACUGUGGAAGUGUUUCAAUAAAGUAUUCUGGAGUUUGUUUAAAAGCCUGAACACUGCUGCCACCUGGUGUCAAAGAGGAUUUCCCCCGUGCUUGGAUGGGAUCUCUGAACUGUAAGGUGUUUGUGUGAGUGGUUGUCUGUCCUCAUCCACCGUCCUGUGGUGACUGGCUCCAGGUCUCUAAAUCUCUUCCGGUGUGGCGGGGCUGGACCGUCGCCCCCUGCCGCUCAGAAAAAAUAACGGCAGAUGAGUCGAUGUUUUUAUUAUUAUUUAUUAUUAUUAUUUAUUUAUCCAAAGCAGUCAUCUCUGUCGGACGAAGAAAGGAUUUUAUACUUUGUCAAAACAACAUGAAUAAAUCCC